AUGUCAAGCUGCAACAAGAAAAGGUACAUUCUCAACACAGUGGCAGUGAACCUGGGAUGCAGCACUGGUUGCAAAAGGCCAAGGCUCUCCAGCAUAUUCCGGCCAAAACCAAGGGACAAACCCCAGCUCCACCACCACCAACCUCGCCAACACGAUUCUUCUUCAAGCUCAUGGGGUGCCACCACAUUUUCCUCCACCGCCGACACCCCACCCGUCUACUGCUCCUCCGACCCAGAUUCAGACAUCAAAAGCCUUCAAGCUGUACAAGGAUUCGGAAAGAUUGGAGGUGAAAGCGUGGCGGUGGAGAAAGACUCCGACGACCCAUAUCUCGACUUUAGGCACUCAAUGCUGCAAAUGAUUCUGGAAAAAGAAAUUUACUCGAAAGAUGAUCUUAAAGAGCUCCUCAACUGUUUCUUGCGACUGAAUUCACCAUAUUACCACGGGAUCAUUAUCAGAGCUUUUACAGAGAUUUGGAAUGGUGUGUACUGA